GCCUGGGACGCUCUGGGGAAGGAGGGGGGAUUGCUUUGUUACAGGUAAAGGGCGGUGGUCUCGACGCCGUUUUGGAGCAGAGGGUCUUGCCUGCCUGGAGACCAAGAACUAGAAAUUAUGGCAGGAAAGCCGAAACUGUACUACUUCGAUGGACGAGGCAAGAUGGAACCGAUAAGAUGGCUGUUAGCAGCAGCUGGUGUGGAGUUUGAAGAGGAACUUCUGGAGACACGAGAACAAUAUGAAAAGCUCCUACAAGAUGGGGACCUCCUGUUUCAGCAAGUGCCUAUGGUGGAAAUCGAUGGGAUGAAGAUGGUGCAGACUCGAGCCAUCCUCCGCUACAUUGCAGCCAAGCACAACCUCUAUGGAAAGGACCUGAAGGAGCAAGCACUAAUUGACAUGUAUGUAGAAGGAACAACGGAUCUAAUGGGUUUAAUUUUGAUGUACCCUUUCUUAUCACCUGAGGAUAAGGAAAAACAACUUGCCACGAUCAUUGAUAAAGCAACUAAAAGAUAUUUUCCAGUGUAUGAAAAGGUGUUGAAAGAUCAUGGGCAGGAUUUUCUUGUUGGCAACCAGUUCAGCUGGGCAGAUGUACACCUCAUUGAAUCUAUUUUAAUGGUCGAGGAAAAGUCCUGCGAUGUCCUCUCAGAAUUCCCCCAGUUGCAGGCCUUUAAAGCAAGGAUAAGUAACAUUCCAAACAUUAAGAAGUUUCUGGAGCCAGGAAGCCAGAGGAAGCCUGUGCCUGAUGACAAAUAUGUGGAGACUGUGAGAAGAGUUCUGCAGGCAUAUUAUGUUGUGAAAGCUACUUAGGGACGGCCGUUCUGAACUACAAGUGCUAGUGCUAAAUCAUGAUGGUUAUGAAAGGGCCUCUUGUUCUUAAAGCACAUGCUAUUAUACUAGAGGGGAUUGGUUGCCAUUUGACACUUACAUAGCUGGUGAAGGGGUUUCUUAAGGAGGCCCAAGACAUAGAUGGUAGGGUAGUCUGUAGCAAAGGGAGGGUACCGUAUAUAACAUGCAUUGGAUUAUAAGUGGAUAUUUUGAUCUAGCAUUCUAGGCUUAUUGCUCCUUAAAAAGAACUUUUGUGUAUUCUAUUGUAUCCAUGUUUCUUCAACUCAGCCGAUAAAAUAAAGACUGUUAGACUAGAAGCUCAGAUAAACUCAGUUCUGCCCAGUAGUAUGUUCUGCCAACAGGAGCAGUUGGCUGUAAAACAGAGCAAAAUUCUGUUUCAAGACGUUCUUCCCUUCCUUGCUAACAGUUGUGAACACAGAAUGGGUCAAAAUCAACAAAACGUAGAUAGGAUGCAUGGCUCCAAGUGAAUUCCUAGAAAUAGAUCUUGCUUAGGCAUCACAGUAUUACAACUGCCAGCUAAAACAUGUAUCUCCUCUUCUCUUAUAAAACUUAAACCUGUUUUGUGAUGUUCAAGAGCGCAGAGCUUUUUCAAACCCUGUAGCCACAGACGAGAAGACUAUUUCUGUCUCCUUCUAAUAAAAAAAAUCCCUCUGCAUAAUAUAAAAACA